UUGACCGAGAUAGCAAAUGAAUUUUAUGGCUGCCUGUAUUCGGGAGUGCCGUUGCUUAAACUGAGUUUCGAUGGGAAUAUACGGAAAGUUUGGAUCUAUCAUUUCAAGUGGAAUGUUCUAGACUGGAUACGCUUUACGCAAGUGACAGUUUUAAUAAUUUUAAAACGCAAAAGGCUUAUAUAUUCGUGUUCAAGCGCAGUUUCAUAUUUACAUAACCUAGUCACCGAGGUUGGCACGCUUUCGUAGGCUACGGCUGUUCGCAGGUUGUAAACGUUAGAUUUUCUGUCUGGGUGCUUACAACACAACUUUGCGAUUCAAUACCCUUUAUCGUUUUAAUUUUUUGUUGCGUUAUUCAAAGUAAAGUAAAGCUUUCUUUUAUUUAUUUCCAUUCAGAAAAACAUGUUAUACAACAUCAGGGAAGCGCACACAGAGUAGUACGCGUGGUCCUAAAGCCGGUUGUGUUGUUGUCCAAGCAGUGCGCGUGUUGCUACUUGUGACCAAAUGCUUCAGUGUCGAUCAUUGUCCAGAUUUUUUGACACAAUGGAAAAAGUUUUAUUGGAGCAAGGUUAAUUCCCGUCAAAGCAUCAGGUUUUCGUACACUUACAAUCCUAUCGCUACCCAGCUGUUAAGCUAAUCGACAGCGUUUCCCGAUUUGGAGAUUCCCGAUUUGGAGCAGUGGGUCUUAACCACUUCAACGAGAGGGUUUUUACCCCGAAGGACAAUAAUAAACCCCAAAACAUCCUUAAAGGACUAAUCGAGUGGAGUAAUGGUCGUAAACACGAUCCACUGGUUCAGGAAGGGCUUGCGGCUCCACGACAAUCCUUCGCUCAGGGAAUCCAUUCAAGGAGCGGACAGCGUCCGCUGUGUCUACAUCCUCGACCCGUGGUUUGCAGGAUCGUCCAACGUUGGCAUCAGCAGGUGGAGGUUCUUGCUUCAGUGUCUAGAAGACUUGGACGCCAGCCUACGCAAACUCAACUCUCGCCUGUUUGUGAUCCGAGGCCAACCCACCGAUGUCUUCCCCAGGCUCUUCAAGGAGUGGAACAUCUCUCGCUUGUCCUAUGAGUAUGACUCGGAGCCCUUUGGGAAGGAGCGCGAUGCGGCGAUUAAGAAGCUGGCCAGCGAGGCUGGCGUGGAGGUCUUCGUGAGGAUCUCCCACACGCUCUAUGACCUUGACAAGAUCAUAGAGCUAAAUGGCGGCCAGUCUCCGCUGACCUACAAACGCUUCCAGACCCUGAUCAGCCGCAUGGAGGCGGUGGAGAUGCCCGCUGAGGUCAUCACGGCCGACGUCAUCGGCGCCUGCACGACGCCCAUCUCAGACGACCACGACGACAAGUUCGGGGUGCCCUCCCUGGAGGAGCUGGGCUUCGACACAGAGGGUCUCGCCUCCGCUGUAUGGCCUGGUGGAGAGACGGAGGCCCUCACUCGACUGGAAAGACAUUUGGAAAGGAAGGCAUGGGUUGCCAACUUUGAGCGUCCGCGGAUGAACGCCAACUCCUUGUUGGCCAGCCCUACGGGCCUCAGCCCCUACCUGCGCUUUGGAUGCCUCUCCUGCCGCCUCUUCUACUUCAAGCUCACCGACCUCUUCAGGAAGGUGAAGAAGAACAGCUCCCCGCCACUCUCCCUCUACGGCCAGUUGCUGUGGCGUGAAUUCUUCUACACGGCAGCCACCAACAAUCCGCGCUUCGACAAGAUGGAGGGCAACCCCAUCUGUGUACAGAUCCCCUGGGACCGCAACCCCGAGGCGCUGGCCAAGUGGGCCGAGGGACGCACCGGCUUCCCCUGGAUCGACGCCAUCAUGACACAGCUGCGGCAGGAAGGCUGGAUCCACCACCUGGCGCGCCAUGCCGUGGCCUGCUUCCUCACCCGCGGAGACCUGUGGAUCAGCUGGGAGGAGGGCAUGAAGGUGUUUGAGGAGUUGCUGCUGGACGCGGACUGGAGUGUGAACGCGGGCAGCUGGAUGUGGCUCUCCUGCAGCUCCUUCUUCCAGCAGUUCUUCCACUGCUACUGCCCCGUGGGCUUCGGCCGACGCACCGACCCCAACGGAGACUACAUCAGGCGCUACCUGCCCGUCCUGCGGGGUUUCCCGGCCAAGUACAUCUACGACCCGUGGAACGCGCCGGAGAACGUGCAGAAGGUGGCCAAGUGCAUCAUCGGGGUGCACUACCCCAAGCCCAUGGUCAACCACGCCGAGGCCAGCCGCCUCAACAUCGAACGCAUGAAGCAGAUCUACCAGCAGCUGUCCUGCUACAGGGGACUGGGCCUGCUGGCCACAGUGCCGUCCAACCCCAAUGGGAAUGGCGAGGGCUCCAGUGCCAUGAUGGGGUUCCCCAGCGCAGACAACACGGCACAGGAGGCUGUGGCCACCACCUCUUCAGGGUACCAGAUGCAAAUGGCAUGCCAAGGAGAGUGGCACAGUGGGACGAUGGCAUACACCCAACCAGACCCCAAAACGGCCGCCAAUCAACGAACAGGGUAUCCAGGCAACAGCAGCGGGAUGGUGUGCUACAGACAGGAGCCCCAACAGAUGACUGCCGCGUUAGUGCAGCAAGGGCGAAGCCUGCCUCCAGUCAGCACUCUUGCUCCUGGCAAGCGGCAUAUGGAGGACUCUGGACACAGCACAGGCUCUAAGAUGCAGCGACAAAGCAUCACUUAGCAAGGAAUUGGAAUGAGGCCAAAUCAAAUCAUGAACCCUUGAAAAAACUAAUUACACACACACACACACACACACACACACACACACACACACACACACACACACACACACACACACACACACACACACACACAGACACACACAGACACACACAGACACACACAGACACAGGAAAAAAUCUGACUCACAAGACAAGACACCCAUGGACCGGUGAAGCUGUUCUCUCCCAUUACCAAACCUGUUACAUGUGCGUUUUGGAGGACGAAGGAAGACAAAAGCAGCCAGCAACAUCCACAGAUAUGGCCAGACUGCACGUUUCUUUUAUCUUCUUUUUUUCUUUCUUUUGUGUUUCCUGUAAAGCACAUCCAUGUCGUCUAAAAGCCGAGAACUGAACUGUCCAUCACUGGUGAGGCGUGUCCUCUACGCACCUGACCAAUCUCUCCUCCCCUCAGCAACAACAUACUGCCCCGUGUGGCCACAUGCUGCCACUGCAACACCUGAUGUUGCCUGAGCCAUCAUUUGGAAGGCUCGGGCUCUGAAGACCUCUCUGUCUGUAUAUAAGGAUCUGUUUUGGAGUUUGACUCGCAUACAAACCUGUACAUAUUUGUUAUUGUAUGUGCAUUCUCUCUCUGUUUCUCUUUCUUGCAUUCUUUUUUUUCUUUUUGUGUAGUCAUAGGGCCAUUGAUAUAUUUUUGAUAUAAAGAAUCAUUGUGAAAUUGGUUUUACUCUGUUCUUUAUGACUUCAAACAUAAAUGUUAUAUAUAUAAAAUAUUUAAAAAAAACAAAAAACAAAAAAGAUUUUCUGACUUUGCCCUUUCGAGGGUAAACAAUGCUCCGGGUCUUGCUGGCACACUUACCCCUUUCUUAGCCCCCUCCCCAAUACUGCCUCUCAUACCCCUGUGUUAUGCCCUCGCCUAUGCCUUCCCUGAACACAUACACACAAGCCACUGUGUUUUUGUUGUUUGAUACCCGCACUUCAUAUGGUUGAAUUCCGCAACAUCUCACCACAUUAUUUUCCGUCCCUAAUUGCAACCCUGUCCCUUGGCUCUCCAAUCCCCCCCCCAAAUCCACACCCCACCCAACCCAAUCACGGUGUUCUGCCUAAAUGGGUAACCCCAUCGAGAUGAGCUAUGAGUAGGCUUACCCCCUAGGUAUCCACCCUAGGAGUGCGUUGUAAUGGCUUAGUACAGGGGUGGGGAACCUUUUGCAUUUGAAGGGCCACUUCAAAUUCUUCCGAGGGGCCGUGAAAGUCCUCCAAGGGCCGUGCUAUGAACACAAACCAGGAUUUUCUCCUUCACUUUAGGCCUAUAUUGAAGGCAGCCACAUUUAAACAAACACCACCUUCUUUAGGUUCCCUGAAUAUAACUUAAUUGUAUUGCAAAUGUAUUUUCUAAGAUUCCUUUACAAAAUGUCAUAUUUCAUGUGAAGCUGAAUAACAUUAAAAUUAUAUCGGAGGCCUCGAGACAUAGGUUCCCCACCCCUGGCUUAGUACCUCAGCUUGACGGGUAGCUUAUGUCGGACACCGUGUACCCAUACCCCUCCUUUCUCUUGCUGGUAUUGGCUCCCUCUCUUGUGAUUAUCAUUGUGUACUACUUCAAUGUAUCAUCACUUUGUGCUUCUUCCUCCUUUAUGUUGUACUUGUUUAAUAAAUAAAAUUUAUUAUAAAUGUGA